AUGUCGAAGAAAAGAUCAGCCAAAACAACGGUGACUUCGGUGAAAAGUAAAAAAUUAAACGACGAAAAUGCGUGGCAAGAACCAUUGGAAUCGAUAGCAAUUAACGAUGAUCAUUGGUGGUGUGUCGUAACGAUGAUGAUCGAGACUAAGAGUAAUCAUGCACGAUUCGUAUCGAUGUUUAACGAAGCUGCGGAUGAGGGAAAACGAAAAUCAAUUUAUACCAUUAACCGUCAAAAAAUGUUAGCUAAUGUUUGGUCCUUGUCUAGACAGGAUCCAGAUAAGUGUCCAAUAUUACAACGAGUUUGCCAUCACGCCAACAAGUUACUAGAAGCUAAUAUUGAAUCUACUUGGUUGUUAGCACGUGUUAUUAAAUAUAUGAUUUAUCAAGCUAAAGUUGAUGCUGUGCUUAGAAUCAAAAAGGAACAGGAAUUGAAACGAGCUAUCGAGGAUGAAUAUCGCAUCAUGCAAACCAUUCUUGAUCCAAGUACAUCCAAAAGUAUUCAAAAAAAGAGUAACAGAGAUCAAUCGUUGAAAGGAAAAGCUAAUACGCGACUUAGAAUUCGCGAGGAGGAAUGGCGAGACAUAAUUUACGUGGACGAUGCACCACAUGACGGACCUAAUCUCUACGUCAUUUUAACGGGCUUUCACGAUCCCGAUUUACCCCUUGAAUUAAUGAAUAUUGGCGUGCCUCUUACUUGUAUACUCAAGAUAAAACGACCUGGUGAAAAAUUGGAACACGUUUCAUUGCAUUAUCGUAAGGAAGAAAAUCGAGAUACAGUAUACGAUAGAAUGAGGUUACGUUUUCCUGAAAUUUACACCGUAGACAAGGUCGAUCUAUAUAAAUUCUGGAGUUCGUUGAAGAAUAUUUUAAAAAAUUCGCAAACCGUUGAGGUAUUUUCUAACGUAGCGUUUCUUACGUUAAAGCCUCCCAUUUUGUUUGAAACAUCAGAUGACCUUGAGUACGAAACCCUGAAGAAAGAUAUUUACGAUAAAGUAUCCUUUAUCGUAUACGAUCUUUACGAUCUACUUCGAAAGCAUUCCAAUUACUUAAGAAGCAUGUUAAUCCAGCGUUACGACAUAGACGAGAUGAAAGAAGUUAAGGCUAACGUCUACCAUGCAAUUCUCGAUGCAUUACCAACGGAAUGCGUAACCGUGCCAAUACUACUUCAUGCUCUUUUACUGCAGGUCGAAGAUAACUUAAACGUUCUAACAGAUCGAUCUUUACAGGAGCAAAACGUUACGGCAAAGGAGAACAUCUAUGAAAAGUACAAGGUUAACACGAAUAAAAACGUCGUCGAAGAAAAGUUCAACGAUUUAACGAUCGAAUUGAUUCUCAACGGUGAUAAGUUGAGUUUAAAUACACAUCAUAUUACUUUGGAUGAUAAUAUCAAAGGGAUGUUAAAAUUAUCCAAUGGCAUGACCUUAGCUGAUGCAUUUUUACAAAUCUAUCAUGAUCCAAGGAUAAUUGAUUGUUGGUUGAAUCAUGAAAAAUUAACAGAUAAUAAAAUGAGGGAAUACGAUUGUUAUAUAAACAACUUAAUCAAUUACUUUGAUCCCAGUGUUGAAAUCUGUCAAGAGAACAUUUGUCAUUACUUGCAUUUUCUGAUCUUCGACAAGAUGAUCUAUGGCGAUUCGUCGGGCGAAAAAACAGACGAAAAGGAUCAAAUGUUCGACACUGACAUCGAUUAUGGGAAACCCGUAGCUGCGUUCUUAAACUGUCCAGAUCUCUUUGGACUGACAGAUAAGAGAGAAAUCUUGCUACCAAGUUAUUUGGAGAAGAAUGUCUUCGAGAAACGACGUAGAAGAAUGCAUAGACUGAGAGAACCUCUCGAAGAAUACAAUGACGUCGAGUUACUUCCAAAAAAGAUUCUACUUCAAACAACCUACGAAUGUUUUCAAGAUUUCGAACAUUUCGAAAAAAGAUAUUUCAAACCGACGGAUUCUAUUUUAUUGUAUUUCAGUAACGAUUACGUUGUAGGUGACGUAUCAGAAAAAUUAAUCGUAUCGAAUUUACGUACGCCCGUUUGUUUACGUGAUUUUAUUAAAUACGUAAAAAAAGAAGAAAUUGAUUGGAUAAACCGAGAAGAAGAAAAGUAUCGAUUAGAAUCGAUUAAAGGGAUUAAUUCCUAUUGGGAAAAUUUAGAAUUUGAUUUUCAUGCAUCUUGGCCAUCAGGAUUGACAAUUUUACCGGUUACCGGAGAUGGUCCUGAUAAUCCUUUUUACAUUCGUCAAUCAUACAUUUCUAAAGGACCCAAAGAUGUUUCUCGAGAAGCUUACCGAAAAUAUUUGAGGAAUGGUACGGUUUUGAAGUUUCUUCAUGACAAUAGCGUUAUUGUAUUGCGUUCAAAUGGGGUUGUAGUCGAAUGCAUAUCGUUCGAGGAUACUAUAACAGAGGAAACAAAUUUGGAAGAAGGUAUAGUACUUCUCGUUAGAUGGGAAUACGCGGACGCUCGAACGGGAAUGCAGUAUGGAAGGAUCAAAGUGACGGGAUACAAUGUCCUGGAUCAUGAUGGUAGAAGGUACGAGGUGCUACGCGAUCUGAUUGUGCGCGAAUACGAUCGAUUACUGUUCAGAGCGAACUCGGACUACGAGGUAGACGAAAAUUUCACGCGACGCUCCGACGGCACCGACAUGCUGUUCCGUUCCAAUGGGAAAUUGAUCGUCCAUUUCCCUGAUGGUACUCGUAUAACGACUGGUUAUAAGAUCGAGGAACGACCUUUGAUCUGCGAUUGGACGAGAGACGAGUUCGAACGAUACUUUGGAUCGAUCAAAUUAUACGAACACGAUGAUCGACUUUUCGAAGUAAACUCUGGAAACAACAACAGUAAUAACGACGGGGAUGGUAUGGGCGACAUCAUCGACAACAACAACAACAACAACAACAACAAAAACAAAAACAACGACAAUAACAACGACAACGAGAAAUUUCUUUGGCAUGAUGGUGAACCCUUAAACGGUGAAGAUCGAUACCAUGAUGAAAUGAGGAGAAUAUUGAUCGCAGACGGCUUUGUCUCGGUCCUAUUGACUUCCCUGUUCGAGCACAAGAACUACGCUAGUGUAUCCUACGAUCAGUCAGCAGUUAGUUGCACUCUAUCGAUGCCAACCGAUCUUCGAGUCAGCAUAUCACGAAGAGGUCAUUACGAAGUUUCGGCACCGGGCAAAGUUAAUCUCAAGAUAAAAUCGGAUAAAUUGAUCUUCAGUAGCGAGAUGUGUGCCACCUGUGCCGGAAGGUCUACCUCCGUCUAUAACUUCAAUGGCAGACGAUCCGAGCCAAUCCCUUCGACGAUCUUUACGAGCAACGAUCUUUUCGGAAACGUUUUCGAGGUUAAAAGUGACGGGACGACGAGUUACCGUGGUAAAAGUCGCGAAGAACGACCGCCAAGGAAAUUCGAUUUCAACGAGAAUGCACCGGAUGACGACGUGCUAGUACUGGUGGCAACGUCCAAAAGAGAUUACCAAGAAUAUCAAGAAGAUGAAGAUGAAGAAAGGAACAGAAAAGAGGAAGAAAAACUCGGACCAAGGAAACAUUGCAACGUUGAACGUAUGAACGAUCACGGAAAAUAUUGCCAAGAACAUAAAAUAACAUUCUCGAAACGUGACGUUGUUAGACGAUACAGAAUUUUGUCGAUUAAUCGGGAUCUCAAUGCUUACGAGUACCUUCAUCGAUCAAUUAGACAUCGAGAAGAGAUGAUCGUUCACCUUAAUAAGGAUGCCAGCAGCGCCAUCUUACCUCCGGUUUCCAUUCAUCGAUCGAACCUCCAUCAUCUGAUUACAUUUGUGCCUCUGGAAACUGAACUACGAUCAAAGGCAUUGUUACAAUCGCAUCAGAUUCCAAAAGUCAAACCGACGAACGCCGACAGAAGGGAUUUGGUACGUAGUACGUAUUCGAUUCCGUACGAUUGGCUCUUUCCAUUUGGCAGAAACGGACAUGGAAUUUGUAACGAUACAUACGACAUGCCGUUAGCCAAAACUACCAAGAGACGCCCACCUAGAACUCUGCGGCUUCGUAUACUGCAUGGUUUCAAAGAACCUGAUAGAAACGCCAUAAUCGAUUUACAGAAAGCUAUGGCAUCCUAUUGGCGAUACUUGGUAGACAACAUCGACGAAUGUCAAAGAUCUUUUUACGUCUACGACGAUGUUCAACCCAAACUCGUAGAAGACGAUUACAGAACUUGGAAAGAUAAUAUCAGGGAGUUCGCCCUUGGUAUACGAACGAAUAUUGACGUAACGACUUAUCACGAUAGUUUGCAAAGAUGUCGAAGAAAAGGUGAAUGGGAUUCAACUCGAGUUGCAUAA